AUGAGUUUCGGCUUUGGCGUGGGAGACUUCCUUGCAGUGAUCAAACUUGCCAGCAAGGUUCGAAAGAAUCUCAUCGACGCCCCAGUUCAAUUCCAAGCCAUCUCUGACGAAGUGAGAAAUUUAUCAAUUCUACUUCAAGAUGUGGACAUUGAUCUGUCCAGAACAGAUCUCACCAGCACGCAACAAACCAAAUUGCAAGGGAUUGUGAAAAGCUCUCAUGAUGUGCUGAUCGAUCUUGAGACGAUUAUCAGUCGCUACAAACACCUAGAUACCAUCGAUGGUACGAAAAGAAGCGCGGCAAAACGGGUAUGGGGACGUCUUACUUGGGAGCCCAGUGAGAUCCAAGAGCUCCGCAGUCGCAUCAGCAGUAAUAUUGGCCUUUUGAACCUAUUCAACAUCCGAGCUACGCAGAAAGAUCUGGCGAAUUUAGUCCAACACCAAGAUGACCAGACCCGCCAAACAAUUUUGGCUUGGCUUUCUCCCCUCAAUUAUGCCACUCAGCAGAGCGACUAUAUUGCCCGACGCCAACUGGGAACUGGCCAAUGGCUAUUGGCAUCUCCUGAGUUCUCAUCCUGGAUCUCCGGUUCAAAGCGUAUCUUAUUCUGUCCAGGUAUACCUGGAGCCGGAAAGACCAUAUUGGCGUCCACUGUGAUUGAGGAGCUUCUAGAACGAUACGGAACGGACAGCAAUAUUGCAAUAGCCUACAUUUAUUGUAACUUUCAGCGCCGAGAACAACAGACCGCUGUCAAUCUCUUGAUCAACAUUUUGAAACAAGUUGCUCAAGGCCGUGAUGAUUUGCCAACCGAAAUACGGACUAUGUAUACUCGACAUCGGUUCAAAGGCACAAGAGCAUCAGUGGAUGAGGUCUUGACAGCAUUACGCUCAGUGUGCAAGCCUAGCCUGACUUCCCGCUUUUAUCUUGUUAUCGACGCUUUGGAUGAGUGUUCGAUUUCCGACGGUUCUCGGACGACUUUUCUCGACGGCAUCCUCAGCCUUCGCGACUGCAAUCUGAACCUGUUGGUCACGUCCCGGUUCAUUCCUGAAAUCAGCGAGACUUUCAAGAAUGAUCCCACCCUCGAAAUUCGUGCCACCAAGGAGGAUGUCAUAUGGUUUCUAAAAAGCAAUCUUGCGUCUCUUCCCUUCUUUGUCAGGCGAGAUCCUGGUCUACAAGAUGAAAUAUUAACUGGAAUUGCCAAAAAUAUAGAUGGAAUAUCUUUGGUUGGGAAACGGUCGCCUAAGGCAAUUCGAGCUUCACUGAAAGGUAUCUCAUCUGGUGCUCAAACUUAUGACACUUCAUACGAUGCUGCAAUGCAGAGGAUAAAGGCGCAACUACCAGAUCAGACCGAGCUGGCACUACAGGUGCUCUUGUGGGUGACUUGCUCCAAACGACAACUUACUACAGCCGAGCUUCGGAUUGCACUUGCUGUUGAGAUUGAGGAAUCCGAGUUUGACAGAGACAACAUGCCCGAUAUCAUGGAUGUGGUUUCUGUAUGUGCGGGCCUCGUUACGGUUGACGAGAACAGCGACAUCAUUCGGUUGGCCCACUAUACAACUCAAGAAUAUUUUGAACGACACCAGUCGACAUGGUUUCCAACAGCCCAUCUUGACAUUGGAACCAUCUGCCUGAAGUACUUGUCGAUAUUUGACGCCGAAGACAUACUCGCCUGUUCAAGUGUCCAUGAUCUUGAAAGGACUGUUGAUAAAGAUUCAUUCUGCGGUUACGCAGGCACCUAUUGGGGCCACCAUAUACGAGAAAGCUCACCAGCCAAUACUGGGGACGUCAACGAGCGACUGAUCUUCGCCUUACUCGAAAAUCAAUCAAGACUGGAUGCUUGUGUUCGCAUUCUUGUCGCAAAAGAGAUUGAUUUCUUUUCGGACUUGCUUCAUGGAGACAUCGUGCACCAUGUUCAAAUCCCGCCCCUGUGUCUCGCAGCAUGGUUUGGAUUGACUCUUAUUGCCCAGGGCCUGAUAGAACAGGGCUGCCCCGUUGAUACCGUCGACUGUUUUCAACAAACCCCAUUGUUCUACGCAGUCAGCCAGGGAUUUUCCGACUUAACACUACUCCUGCUCGAUCGUGGAGACGAUCCCAAGGGCACUACCGGCGAAAAUCAAGUAUCUCUGCUUUCAUCAGCAGCUAUAUACAACCAAGUACACAUCGCGGAGCUACUUCUCAGCCGUGGCAGUGAGAUCAACUCCCACCAUUGCAUAACCGGCGAAACGCCACUUCACUUUGCAUUGUCUCGCGGGCUUGACACGACAGUCCGCUUCUUAGUGGAAAAAGGAGCCGAUAUAGAGUCCAAGACUUGCUAUGACCGGACUCCCCUGAUAGAAGCUACUAGAUUUGGUCGCAAGGCCGUCGUCCAACUGUUUCUUGAUAUGCAUGUGGAUCCAAAUUCCAAGGACAACACAGGACUAACCGCAUUGUCAAUUGCUUUUCAGGCCGGAAACACUGAAAUAGCUCAGCUGUUGCGAGAUCAUGGAGCAGACCCCCAUACUCCAGAUAAUGCAGGACAGACGCCAUUGAUCUAUGCAUCUCAGCGUGGCCUUGAAAAUAGCAUCAACAUGCUGCUCAGUUGGGCAUCCAAUCUGGAACACAGGGAUCAUCGCGGACGCACCCCAUUGUUGACUGCAGUAUCUGCUGGUCAUGAGUCUGUUGUUCGAGCCUUGAGUCAAAAUGGUGCUAAUUUCAAUUCUGUUGAUACGUUUGGGCGAGGAGUCUUAUUUAUGGCAGCUUGCGAAGGACACGAUACAAUGUUGGCACUGUUUUUAUCAAGAGUUGACCCAAAUCAACGGGAUCGAUAUGGACGUACCGCAUUACAUGCUGCAGCCACACUUGGUCAUCCCAGAGCCUGUCGCGUUUUAUUGAAUGUACCUGGUCUCGACUGCAAUGUUGAGGACAAUUUUGGCCGUUCUGCCAUGUUCGAUGCUAUGCUACAGGACAGGCAUGAUGUUGUGGAAGUGUUGCAGGAAUUUUCGGUGACUUCGGCCGAUCCCGCCUUUGUCAAAACGUCAAUUAGGCAGCCGGAGGCAGUCUUCGUGAGAUCUUGCGAUGUCUGCCUUGUUCUGUUGACUAGAGCCGAGGCUUUCUACUCAUGUCAUUCCUGUCAUGGAGGGGAUUUCCACAUAUGUUUCGUAUGCUAUCAAGUUGGGGCUCGCUGCCUCAAUGAUACCCAUCGGGUGUUUGAGCGUCGUCGGAAGUCCAAUAUCGGCCAUGUGUUGAUCACUCCACGUAUACUCCCAUUUUAA